AUGGUAGGUAGAAAGCAUCAGGCUUUUGGUGCUAAUAAAGGAAUCAACCUACUGACCCGGAAGUGCAGUGAUAUUCUAAAUCAAACCAUAUUCCUACACACAAUGAACAGCAACCUUUCAUUUACUUUUAUGAUCACCUUAUUUAUAGAAGUAGUAACUGGAAACUUAGGAAAUGGAUUCAUAGCGCUGGUGAACAUCAUGGACUGGGUCAAGAGAGGAAAGAUCUCUUCAGUGGAUCAGAUUCUCACUGCUCUGGCCUUUUCCAGACUCAGUUUGGUGUGGUCUGUGCUCGUGUGUAUUUUGGCAUCCAUAUUGUGCCCACAUUUAUUUAUGAAUUCAGCAAUGCUUAUAGCGACUGAAAUUAUCUGGAGAGUGAAUAACCAUUUCAGCAUCUGGCUAGCCACAUGCCUCAGUGUGUUUUAUUUUCUUAAGGUAGCAAAUUUUUCUAAUUCUUUUUUUCUUUACCUAAAAUGGAGAGUUAAAAAGGUGGUGUUAGUGACUUUAGUAGUAUCUCUAAUCCUUUUGAUUUUGAACAUUGUAGUUACACUGGAAAAUACUCAUUCACAUAUUAAUUCAUCUGAAGGAAAUAUGUCUGAUAGAUUGAGUAAUUUGACACAAUUUCCCAGUGAUCUCUUAGUCACCAACUCAUCCCAUGUUUUCUUACCCACAAACUCAAUGUUCAUGUUCAUACCCUUCACUGUGUCCCUGGUAGCUUUUCUCCUGCUUACUUUUUCACUGUUUCAGCAUCUUAGGAAGAUGCAGGUCAAUGCCAAAAGAACCAGAGAUGCUGGCACUAUGGUCCACGUGAAAGCCUUGCAAACUGGGUUCUCCUUCCUGGUGGUAUAUGCCAUAUAUUUCAUUUUUAUUGUCAUAGAAAUUUUGAGUUUUGGAUUGGUGGGAGAUGUAAUGAUCAUUAUAUUUGACUACUCUUCUAGAUUAGCUUUCCCUACAAGCCACUCAUUUGUCUUGAUUCUGGGAAAUAGUAAGCUGAGACGAGCUACUCUUUCUGUGUUGUGGUGGCUGAGAUGCCAGUUCAAAGAUACUGAAACCUUGGGUCCCUAA